CUAAUUACUAAAUACAUAGUUUGAGUAAUCCAAUGCAGCAAUAAGCCGCUGCACUGGUUCCUGUACUCUCAUUCUCAGACUAGACAGCAGAAGCAUCACCAGGUUGCAGCAAGACGAAGGCUACGCUGAAGGUCAGGCAGACACCUCUGGUCAGGACACUCUCGCGAUAGAGAAGCAAUGGGAAAAAUAGUGUUAAAAAAUCCACACCAAGCAAACUGUACGGUAUAGUAAAGUGUCAGGAUUCUAGACAACAAAAUGACUGAACGCUUUGACUGUCACUACUGCAAGGAGUCCCUGUUUGGCAAGAAGUACAUCCUGAGAGAGGAGAGCCCCUAUUGUGUGAAGUGUUAUGAGAGCCUGUACUCCAACACUUGUGAGGAAUGCAAAAAGCCAAUUGGCUGUGAUUGCAAGAUUUCUACAGGAUCUGUCCUACAAGGACCGGCACUGGCAUGAAACCUGUUUCCACUGCUUCCAAUGCAAGAACUCAUUGGUGGACAAACCUUUUGCUGCAAAAGAGGAGCAUCUACUUUGUACUGAAUGCUAUUCCAAUGAAUACUCUUCCAAAUGCAAUGAGUGCAAGAAGACUAUCAUGCCAGGUACACGCAAGAUGGAGUAUAAGGGCAACAGCUGGCAUGAGACCUGCUUUAUCUGCCAUCGUUGUCAACAACCAAUUGGAACAAAGAGCUUCAUCCCCAAAGAUAAUCAAAACUUCUGCGUACCCUGCUAUGAAAAGCAGUUUGCCAUGCAGUGUGUCCAGUGUAAGAAGGCUAUCACUACAGGAGGUGUAACCUACCGGGAGCAGCCCUGGCACAAGGAGUGCUUUGUUUGUACUGGAUGCAAGAAGCAGUUGUCUGGACAGCGCUUUACCUCCCGGGAUGAGUUUGCAUAUUGCCUCAGCUGCUUCUGCAAUCUCUAUGCCAAAAAGUGUGCUGGAUGCACCAACCCCAUCAGUGGACUCGGAGGAACCAAGUAUAUCUCCUUUGAAGAACGGCAGUGGCAUAAUGACUGCUUUAACUGUAAGAAGUGUUCUCUUUCAUUAGUGGGCCGCGGCUUCCUCACAGAAAGGGAUGACAUCCUUUGCCCCGAGUGUGGGAAAGAUAUUUAAAGUUUAAAACAAGGAGGAAAGCAGAGUUGUGCUUGCAAUACAUAUUUUUUGAAACAUGCGAUGUUGUGUACUAGCUUUAGUCAACCAUACGAAGACUUUACUCUUCUGUGUUUCUCAGUACCAUUCACACCACGUAACCUUUUUUUCCUCCAGACUGUCUAAAUCCGAAGGCGGAUUGGGAGGGGGGCAACAAAUGAUCUCAGAAUCUCUAGAUGGGUUGUUGAUGGUUAAGAAUUUACACAGUUAACCAAGAUAAGUGCAAGACUUGAUAUAUGAAAUGUUUUGACGGUUAUUGACAUUUUCUUUUCUUCACCUAAUAUUUGAAUUUACAAACCUUAGUCUUUAAGAGAGUGAUAUGUUUGAAGGAUUACAAUGACUAUGUGCUAUAACUUCAUAGAGAGAGAUUCAGGGUGAAAUCUUGACCCACUGAAGUAAAUGGCAAAACUCCAUUUGACUUCAAUAGGCCAGGAAUUCAAGCCUAGUGUUCUUGGAAUGUGUAAUUGCAGUGUGCUGUCAAGUGUGUAGAAAGAUGAGAAUGUAGCAUGUGUAUCAGUGUUAAAGGAUCUGUGCCAUGCCUUAACUAGGAAAAAAUGAUUAAUCAAUCAUUUAAGUGGGAGUGUUCUAUAACAAAUAUUUUAUUGCAUGACUAGAUGAUCAUUGUGUGAAAUACAAAUUCUGUUGUCAGUAUCAAUUGAAACUACACUGCAUAGUGUAUUUCUUAAAAUAAUAAAAUCAUUUAAUAAAUUCAAA